AUGCCUGAAAAACAACAAAUCGCGAUACAGCCACUCGCGCACUACAAGCGAGUCUCGAGUCGCCGCCGUAUCGCCGUUUGGCUGCUCGCGGUGCUCCUGGGCGCUGCUUACCUAGCGGUUUCUCAUGUUGUAACGCAGUCUUGGACACAUCGGGGCGGGGAAUCCCCGCCCUUGUCUUCUCAUUCCGAGGCCGUCUGUGUGCAGCCAGCGGCCCUCAUCCCCGACGAGGACAAGAAGCUGAGCGAGGCAUAUGAGCACCUCACCAGUGAAGAUUUCCGCAGCAAGACCAUUGCGCGCCUCUCGGGGGCCGUGCAGAUCCGGACGGAGUCGUUCGACGACCUCGGCGAAGUCGGCGAGGACCGCCGAUGGGACGUCUUCUUUGGCUUCUACGACUACCUCGAGCGCACGUUUCCAGCCGUCCACCAGACGCUGCGCGUCGAAAAGAUCAACACCCACGGUCUUCUCUACACGUGGCAGGGCAGUGCCGGCGACGACGAUGCCGCGCACCGCAAGCCUGCCGUGCUCAUGGCACACCAGGACACGGUGCCCGUCCCGGACGACACAAUCGACGCCUGGACGUACCCGCCGUGGAGCGGCGCAUACGACGGCAAGUUCAUCUGGGGCCGCGGCUCGAGCGACUGCAAGAACCAGCUGAUUGCCGUCCUGGAGGCGACCGAGCUGCUUGUGCAGCACGGCUUCCAGCCCAAGCGCACGCUCUUGCUGGCGUUUGGCUUCGACGAGGAGACCUUUGGCUACCACGGCGCCGGCAACAUCUCGACCGUCCUCCACGACCGCUACGGCGACGACGGCCUCGCUCUUGUCAUUGACGAGGGUGCUGGGUUUGAGCGGGCGUGGGGGACGCUGUUCGCGAAGCCCGGCGUCGCCGAAAAGGGAUCGACCAAUGUCGAGGUCACGGUCCGCUCGCCCGGCGGACACUCCUCGAUUCCCCGCGACCACACGAGCAUCGGCAUUCUCAGCGAGCUCAUCACCCAGGUCGAGGCCACGCAGUACCCGGCACGCCUCGACGAGCGGAACCCCUACUUUGCCCAGCUCCAGUGCGGCGCCGCACACGCGGCCGCGUUCCCCCCCAAACUCCGCACGCUGCUGAAGCAUCACCGUCCGUCAAACAACCUGGACGAGCCGGACCAAUUGGCCAUUGAGGCGGCCAAACAGGGCCCCGAGAUCAGGUAUCUGCUGCAGACGUCUCAGGCCGUGGACAUUGUGGCCGGCGGCGUCAAGGUCAACGCGAUGCCCGAGCGCGCCAAGGCCGUCAUCAACCACCGCGUCAACAUUGGCGAGACGACGCAGGUCGUUUACGACCGGCUCACCCGCAUCGCCGGCGGUGUGGCCGCCAAGUACAAUUUGAGUCUGCACGCCUUUGACGGCCAGGAUGACGCAGACUCCAUCGUCCUCGUCGCCCCGCACGGCAGCGAGUCGUCGCCCAUCUCGCCCGCCGACGGCACCGGCGUGAAUCCGUUUUCGGUUCUGGCGGGCAGCGUCCGCGCCAUCUACGGCGAAGAGACGAUCGUUACGCCCGGUAUCAUGACCGGAAACACAGACACACGGUUCUUUUGGAACUUGACGAAGCAUUUAUUCAGGUUUGCGCCGGGUUACGACCCUGAGGAUCUGGUUGGUGCCCUCCGGGGUGUCCACACCAUUGACGAAAAGAUAAACGUAAACAACCACAUCAACGCCGUGAGGUUCUUUUUCUUGUUCGUCCGCAACAUCGACAGCGCCGAAGUGUGA